AUGUCUGACGAAUACGAGCAUGUUGCUCGCAGUAAGCUAAAGCUUAAGACCGACUCGAAAAAAAUCAACAAAAAGAAAAAGAAGAAGGAUAAAAAGGAACGCGAAAAAUUGGAACGAGAACUCGAAGAGAGACAACACUUACCACAAGCACCUGUACGACAAAUGACCAAGGCUGAACUCUCGUUCAAGAAAAUGCAAGAGAAAAUGCAAGAGAAACGAAUCAUGGAGAAGGCAACGCUAACACACAAACAACGGGUCGAGAAAUUCAACGAACAUUUGGACAACCUCACAGAACAUUUCGAUAUACCGAAAGUCUCAUGGACAAAAUAGAUCGUCGACUGUUUUAUAUACAAAUUAUGUUUGCGUUUAAGUAUCAGGAUUCUGCCUCGUAAUUUAAGAAUGUAUCAAAAUCAAUCAUUUUUGAGUUGUGUAUCUAAAACCAAAUAGGUCUCCUUCUCGUUUGAGAGUCAAUCUGUGUGAAAUUUUUUUUGGAUUCAACGAGGCCAGUAGGCACUCUUAUCUUAUCUUGUCAAUAAAUAAAGGGAAAAAAAGAGAAAAAAAAUAUUGUGUUGGUUUAUCAGAUGUUGCGUGAACUUGAAUUCUCUUUGAAAAUUUUUAUUGUUCAAUGUAUUUGAAACUAUUGAGGCAAUUUUUCUGUUCAACUCAAUGAAUUUUAAGUGUGUUUUGAGCAAUCAACUUCAAUCCCACACGAAUUUUCACACAUUCGACUCAUUCAUUCAUAAAUAACUGCAGAUUUUACCUAUAAAUAA